AUGGGGAAGGUAGGGGUUGAAAGCUUUUUCCUUGGACUUUUGCUUCAAGUCCUUGUGGUAUCCGCUGCUGAUAUUAAGCGCUUGAACAUAUGGCCAAUGCCAAAGUCGGUGAACCAUGGACAUGGGAGUCUUUAUCUAAGUAGCAAUUUUGAGCUCAAGACUGAAGGAAGUAAAUACCCUGAUGCUUCUGAGAUUCUGAAGGACGGAUUCUUGAGGUUACUUGCUACCAUCAAUGCAGAUCAUGUUAUUGACGGUGACUUUUCCCAUUUUGAUUCUUCUGUCUUCCUACGGGGAAUUCAUGUAGUUAUCCUUUUGCCAAAUGACGAGUUACAGCAUGGUGUUGAUGAGUCAUACAAGUUAUCUAUCCCUGCGGAUGGCAAUCCAGUUUAUGCACAUAUUGAGGCACAAACGGUUUAUGGAGCUCUACACGGACUGCAGACAUUCAGCCAAGUCUGCUUUUUUAACUUUACCACCAGAUUAAUUGAGGUUCGUCAAGUCCCAUGGACCAUUAUCGAUCAGCCAAGGUUCUCUUAUCGAGGGCUUCAUAUUGAUACAUCUCGGCACUAUCAGCCAUUACCAAUGUUAAAGAAGGUCAUUGAUUCUAUGGCAUACACAAAGUUGAAUGUCUUGCAUUGGCACAUUGUAGAUUCCCAAUCUUUCCCUUUAGAGAUACCUUCAUAUCCAAAACUGUGGGAUGGUGCUUAUUCUAUAUCAGAACGAUACACGAUGGCUGAUGCUGCUGAAAUUGUGACUUAUGCUCAAAGACGAGGGAUCAAUGUAUUGGCUGAGAUUGAUGUUCCAGGACACGCUCUCUCCUGGGGAACUGGCUAUCCUUCCUUAUGGCCGUCAACAGACUGCAAGGAACCACUUGAUGUUAGCAAUGAGUUCACAUUCAACGUAAUAGAUGGGAUUCUUUCAGAUUUCAGUAAGGUCUUCAAAUAUAGAUUUGUGCACUUGGGAGGCGAUGAAGUCAAUACAAGUUGCUGGGUGAUAACGGCCCAUGUGAAGAACUGGUAA